UAUAUCAUAUUUUCGGUCAUAAUAGUUAUAGUGCUGAGCCUACAUAAUGAUCAAUAAGGGACAAACAUUCACCAGUCCUGAAGUAGUUACUUUGGUAUAAGAAGAAUGAUGAUUGUAUUACACGGGAUGUUCUGUGCUUUACAUGUCGGCGUUGAAAUGAAAUCCAUCCCCGUUAUGCAAAGUCAAUCAUGAGACGGAUCUCUGAAGACUAUUUACAAAAUUCCAGUUCUAAUUAAAUCAUUCUGUCUGCUAUCACUGGACGUGUCCCGUCAUCUCUGUCCGGAGAUCACACCAAACCUCAACAUGAUGUCUCCAUACUCCAUCUCUCUUUUAAUCUUUUCAGUCAUGGGACUGGUCUUGGCAAUCCCUUCUAACACUUGUAUUGUGAUGGUUAACCUGGACAUCAUCAUAAAGAAAGGGAAGUUGAGUCCCUCCGAUGUGAUCUUUCUGGCUAAGGGAAUUGUGAAUAUUAUCUUCCAGUGUGUGAUGAGUCUACAGGCAAUACUCUAUGUCUUUUCUCUGGAAAUAUUAUGCAUUAUGCAAGUAUAUGUGUCUUUGAAUGCAUCAGUUUACUUCCUAACAUAUUACAGCUUCUGGUUGACCUUCUGGCUCUCGGCUCAUUACUGUACCAGCAUCACCAAUCUCAGCUAUGGGUUCUUCAUCUGGAUAAAGAGAAUUGUGUCCAAUUUCCUGAGUCACCUUCUAUUCCUGACAGCACUUGGGGUGUUCAUUGUGAGUGUCCCGGCCAUUUGGGCUGUCCAUGCAGAAAGCUCUAUCUAUUCUUCUGAGAACAGUACAGAAGAAUCUGUUAUCAGGUUCCAUGUCAGUCUUUCCUAUUUUGUGCCUACAAAUGCCCUAGGCUGCGUUGUACCAUUCUGCCUCAAUCUUCUGUGUCUGGUCCUCACUUUCUCCUUUCUGCUCAGACACGUCUGGAGGGUGAAGAAUAACGACUCGGGAUCAACAUGUCCAAAUCUUCAGGCUCAUGUCACGGCACUGAGGACAAUCUUCUUCUUAUUUCUUGUUUUCCUAUUCUGCUGCAUAGCUCAUGUACUUAUGUAUAUUCGAAAUUUCUUAGGGUUCACACAGUUACUGACAAUAGUCAAUUGGAAUUUACAAUUAUUAUCUCCAUCGGUGGAGGCCGCCAUCAUCUUCCAGGCCAGCAACAAGCUGAGAAGAAUCAUUCUGAGAAGAUUCUGGACCAGAAGCCGAAGGAACAAAGAGACUUAA